AUGGUGAGAGUAAAGUUCGGAAAGGAUCAGUAUGAUGCUAUCAAAAAGUUCGAGGUUCAACAUCAUGGAGAUUUCUGGAAAUUGAUUAUGGAUAAAACCGGAAAAUCCGAUGGCCUCUCCAUCCUUGAUGUUUCCGAUGAAGCCUGUCUUUUUGCUCUCACUUUGGCUGAAAACCAUCCAACUAAUAAAUUAACAAUUAUGUCGUCCGCUGAAAAGCCAACAUUCACUUUCCCGUCGAACGUUAAUUAUCACAAAGGAUAUAUCACAAGAAGUGCCGAUGCGAUCGCUCCGAAUGGUCCGUUUGAUCUGAUCAUCUUCAAUGAGAUCUCCCAUGAAGUCGGCGAUAUCGAUGGACUGUUCAAGAAGUUGAAACCACUUCUCAAGGACUCUGGCCAGAUCGUUCUCUUCUCUCGCCCGAAGAAUCCACCACUUCCAGUUCCAGACGUUUGUCUGAUGCUUUGGAGAAAACUUGCAGCGACGAAGGAGGAAUUGCUUGCAUCAGCAAAUGCAGCCCAACUCAACGCCACCUGCUUCUCCGCCGCCGUCCCAAUAUGUGUCGAUAAAGUUCAAUGGGAGAAUAUCCUGUACUCCGGAUGCUUCCCAGCUGUCAAAAAUACUCCGAAAUGUGAUGAACGCACGAUUCGUGACUUCUGUGUCGCCAAGUCUGGAAAGUUCGAAUUUGAGGAGAAACUUCUAAUCGUUAUGCUCCGCAAGUAG